UUCCUUGAGCUCUUGAGCAACCUUGAGUGCGUGUAAAUGUUCGCAAAAUCGCUUUAGUGAAACCGUGUCCCGCUUGGUGGAACAUAGCUAAGCCGUUGACAGGCUGACCCAGGCAAACCCUUCUCGCAGCGAAUCGUGCUGGGAUCAGAGCCAGAAGACAAAAGGUUGCCCACCGGAAGUGCGAUCGUUUGGGGAAAGUGACCGAUGAUAAAGGCAAAGCGUCAAACGGCACCUCCGAUCACACGAAGCACGUGCAUUUUAUCGGCAUAAGAGUGUGUUGUUGCAGUGUGUGCGUUCGUGCGUGUGUGUGUGUGCUAGUGAAUGGUGUCCCCAGGUUCGUUCACAAUCCGGCAUGUCAUACCCGAAAGUGAAACAAGGGAUCAUAGGUGACGCGGUAGUGUAAAUUGCACAGCGUCUUAGUGGAGUUUUGUUUGUUUUGUGAUUUGCUGCUGCCGGCUGCCCGAGUGGUGUGUGUGUGUGAGUGUGUUCGAGAUUUGUGACCGGUUGGCAGAAGAAAUCGAAGAAAAUCAUCAGCACUCGCAGCGGAUUGCGGUUUGCAGUGGAUAAGCUCUGGAGCACGACCAUUUGACGCCUUCUGUGCGUGUGCUGCUGGCGCAACUGAACCGAGCGCAGGUCGGCGCGUCACGCGUCGUGCGCUUGUUGACCACAAUCAAUUGAAAGAAUCACCAUCAGCUAGCUCUAGCCAAAGCCAUGACACUGCGGAUCCUGCUGCUGGCGGGACUGCUGGCCGCCUCAUGCUGUUCCGGGUCCGACAUUCUCAUGAUCACGAUGGGUGGCACCAAAUCCCACAAGAUCCCGUUCUUGGAGCUGGCAAAGGGUCUCAUACCACGCGGCCAUAAUAUAACGUUUCUGAAUGGUUUUCCGGCUGACUUUACGUUGCACGGGCUGCAGGAGAUAACACCGUCCGGGCUGGUGGAGUACAUCCGGAACUACACGAACUGGGAUCUGCUCGGGGCACGGAUGCGAGGUGAUAUGCCGCUAUCGCUGUGGGAUGCUUUCCGAUAUUCGUGGCAGGUGUGCGAUGCAACGCUGGAAGACAAGGAAACGAUGGACCUGUUGGGGCGCAAGUUUGACCUAAUGAUCCUGGACGGAGCAUUCCCGGAAUGUGCGCUCGGGCUGGUCUAUCGGCUCGGCGUACCGUUCAUGUACAUCAACACGGUUGGCUUCUACACCGGGUCGAUGUCUUGGGCAGGAAAUCCGGUACCGUACUCGACCACACCCGUCUUCUACCGGCCGGCUACGGAUGACAUGGACUUCUUCGAGCGGUUGUCCAACACAUUCCACACGCUGAUUGCCGAUGCCGUGUACACGCCCUCGAUGCUUUACCUCCAGCACAUGGUACGCCGCCAUCUUGGUUCCGAUGUGCCAAACAUCUGGAGCCUUGGGCGUAACGUAAGCUUCAUACUGCAGAACGGACAGGCAAGCGUUACCUAUCCCCGGCCGCUACUGCCGAACGUUGCCGAAAUUGCUUGCAUCCACUGCAAACCGGCCUCAGCACUGCCGAAAGAUUUGGAAGACUUUAUUGCCGGUGCGGGCGAGUCGGGUUUCAUCUACGUCUCGAUGGGUUCCUCCGUAAAGGCAGCCAACAUGCCGGACCAUCUGCGCAAACUGCUCGUCCAAACGUUCGCUCGCCUACCGUACCGAGUGCUCUGGAAGUACGAAGCAAGCCCAGCCCUGCUUACCGAUCUGCCGGCGAAUGUGCGAAUCGCACGCUGGUUGCCCCAGCAGGACAUCCUUGGACAUCGGAAGUUGCGUGCGUUCGUUACGCACGGCGGAUUGCUCAGUAUGUUCGAGACGGUGUACCACGGUGUGCCGAUCGUCACGAUGCCCGUGUUCUGUGACCAUGACGCGAAUGCAGCGAAAGCCGUCACCGACGGGUACGCGCUCCGGCUCGAGCUUGCAACGAUAACGAGCGACAAGUUGAUACGCGCCAUCCACAAGGUUAUCCACGAUCCGCGGUACCGGCGGGAAGCGAAACGACGACAGAUUCUGCUGAAAGACCAAAGAUCUACCCCACUCGAGACGGCCAUCUACUGGACGGAGUACGUGAUACGUCACAACGGUGCCUACCAUUUGCAGUCACCGGCCCGUAAUCUAAACUUCCUGCAGUACUACUGUCUGGAUCAGAUGCUGUUCUUCGCUGCCGUCGUCUACCUAAUGCGAACGUUGACCCGGCUCUAUCUGAACCCUCGGAUAGUUCAACUGGGCAAGGAAAAGCUCCACUGAACGGGGCAGACAGCAGCUCCAAGAAGCAAACUAACUUAUUACUAGACAUCGUACACUGGGCUGCGAGAGCGCAGACGGGCAGCGGACGAGUAAACAAAAAAAACUCAAUGCAAUUUUAAAUCAACGAUGGUGAUGGUGAAAUCAAGACGAUUGUUUCAGCAACAUGUGUGCAAUAUUUGGAAGGGAAGAGAUCCCCAAAAAUGGAUAUGCUAUGCUCUCGAAUUAAUAAAUGUGAUAUGUUUAUUUAUGUUUUGCUAGAGCAACCGAACUUUUCACCAAAGCUCUACCAAGAGCCUGGGGAUAGUGAAACAAUAGGCACGCUUAGAAUCGUUAACGGUGUGGUGCAAGAAGCAAUCAAUAGCGAAAAAGGGACACCCCAAAAAGCAAUCCAACUGUGAAUACAGUUUAGUUGUGAUAGAGAUUGGUACGAGAAAUGGACCUUGCAUCGGCGCAUCAGAACACGUAAUGUUAAUAGUAUUUUAUUGCGAUUUAUUAUCGAACGCAACGUUUUCGGAACAGUGUAACAGCUGUUAGAAUCUGUAUUUAUUGGUAUGGGUACACACUUAGGCCACACUAAAGGGGAACCAAGUGUUUCGUUGAACAGUAAAACCUAAAUCUGGUGUUAUGAAACAAUCGAAAAAAAGCGGGGGGAAAAAGUGUGUUUUUAAGAUAGUUAACGGGAGGGUUUAUGUGUUUUUGUCUUCUUUGUUAGUUUUUUUGUUCUUCUCCUACAAAACGCGCAACAAAACAAUCACUUUGUAAAUUGAACCUACCAACCUUCCUUUGUAAAUACACAGUGCUUGUAACUACAAUGACGAGACUAUUGCUUUAAUAAAUUAUUGUGACGCAAGAACGGCAAGAAACA